AUGUUCACAGCAGAAACCAACCCUUCUCAAAUUGAAAUAUUAAGCCAUACAGAACAAUGCGUAGUGUGUGGCGAUGCAGCCGACGGGUUUCACUAUGGAGUACGGUCCUGUCGAGGUUGUAAUGCAUUUUUUCGACGAGCGGUGACUUUCAACAUGAGUUUUACGUGUAGGAGAGGUGGAAGAUGUCCAGUUGAUAAAAACGCUCGAUGUGCUUGUCGAGCUUGUCGUUUGGCAAAGUGUUACGCUGUGGGUAUGGACAAAAAAGCGGUUCAACCAAAACGAGAAGUGGUCACAUCCAACGGAUCCUUUGAUCAGAACGAUCAGGAUUAUGAGCGGUUAGGUGGAACUACUACAUCACCAAACUACGAUCUUAGUGAUAUGACAUCUCCCGGUUCCGCGUUCACCCCUUUAGCCAUCAAUCUGGGUGAUUUCAUCCCUGCAAUUCCUGCAUCCCCUCCCAGCGACGCUUCAGUGAUAGUCAGACAAGUGUACGAUUUUGCCGAGCAGAAACGGAGGAGGAGAGCAAUGUUAUGUGGAUCUUUAGAAGAAAUACUAUCGGAACAAGAGAUGACACUAAAACAGCCAGCUACCUCUGAAGAUUUUUCGAGGAUAUUCCAAGCACAAAUGGUUUUAAUGUUUGAAUGGGUGGAAAAACUACCAGAGUUUCGAAUGUUAUGUGAUCAUAAUGAUAAGACUAAACUACUGAGAGCAUUCGCAUUGAAAUAUAUGCUUCUGGAUAAUGUUUACCACACUUAUGAGCUUGGAUAUCGAGACAGGCUAGUGCUAGUCAACAAUAACUACAUUGUUCCCGGCUCCCCAGUAGAUUUGAAAGGAUGCGAUGUGGUGGAUGAAGUCUCUAUAAAGGAUAUGAUUUGGGGUCAGCGGAUGCAAAACCUUAUUAACGACUUGGUCGGUCCGAUUGGUCAACAAAACAUGAUGUAUGGAGAGAUAAUGACGAUACGAAGAGUGAUGUUCUGGAAUCCAGGGAAUGUUCAACUUUCGGAAAUGGCAAAAGCUCUGUCGGCAGAAGCGUGCAACGUGGCAAUGAAGGAGCUCCAGCAGUAUUUGUUAUCAGAAGGUGUAGACGAUAUUGAGGCUAGGAUACAGUUCCUACUUUUGUUGGUGCCAGCGUUUUCGGCUCACCACAAGACUAUGUAUGAAAUCGUGAGGCUGAUUCCAUCGUUUGGCAAAAUGAGCGAUUGGAACAGUUUCAUGGAGGAUGUCCUAAAUGGAGUGUGA